CGAACAGAAAGAUCCUCCACUGCCAGUACUAUGCACUUCCAACCAGGGAUUGCCUUUUUGAAGACCCUCUACAUGAUGGCAAAACCAUGCUCAAAAUCUGGAAACUUGAACAAGUAUACUGGUGUGCUCGGCGCAUUUAACUGUCAAGGUGGCGGAUGGUGCGGUGAAACUAGAAGAAACCAAUGCUUUUCGCAGUUUUCGCAAACGGUGACGGCUGAGAUGAAUCCAAACAACAUCGAAUGGAACAGUGGGAAGAACCCGAUUUCGAUCGAAGGCGUCCAAGUUUUCGCCAUGUAUUUCUCCCAGUCCAAGAAACUAGUCCUCUCAAAACCGGCCGAAAACAUUGAAAUCUCACUGAAACCUUUCGACUUCGAGCUCAUAACUGUCUCACCGGUCACUGUCUUGGCUGGAAAAUCAGUCCAUUUCUCCCCUAUUGGGCUAGUCGACAUGCUCAAUACCGGCGGUGCCAUCCAGUCAUUAGCCUACAACGAAAGCUCUGUUCGGAUUGAAGUGAAGGGAAGCGGUGAAGUGAGAGCCUUUGCUUCGGACAAGCGGACUGCUUGCAAGAUUGACGGCAAAGAUGUGGAGUUUGGGUUCGAGAAUCACAUGGUUAUUGUUCAUGUUCCAUGGUCUGCUUCAUCUGGUUUAUCCACAUUAGAGUAUCUGUUUUAA